CUCCCGUCCACUGCCACACCGGAUCGACGUCGUCGGCAUCGUCGUGGCAGAGAUGUGGUGGCGGAUACUUGUAGUGAGCUCCAUCCUUUCUUUGGUCAUCUUCACAGUGGACGCAGAAGAUGUUGCUCCAGACAACCGUCUGAAAUUCGAACCUAACUCAGAAUACCAAAAAGAGAAUGAAACCCUGCAGAAAAGUAUCUUGUACCCCGCACCCCUUCACAUAGAGCGCCAUGUCGAGGGGGAAAUCGAAAUAGUGGAAUCGGUGCAUGAGAGUAAUCUCGAGUUUCACCAGGAGACGCUGCAAGAGGUUGACCAAACCAGACACUCUGCAAUACCAGAGUCUGACGCAGACGAACACAUCAAACAAGUGGCAAAGGACUCGACAACCCAUGCCCGGGUAACAGAACCACAGAACAUCGACGAUCUGUUGCUGCCGGAGGAUGUGGUGCAAACUGACGUCCAUCAACUCGAAGACAGUCAAGAGGUCGAGGUCACGCCAAGGUCAGAUGGAGGAGCAGACGAAGGCGAUGUCAGUAACAUUGAGCUGCUUCGACGAAGUGACAGGAGCAGGGCGGGUGAGACGAAGUAUUCGGAGCGGGUUUUCGUCAAGGCAAUCCCGCCAUCCCCUGAAAUCAACGACUUCCCAGUUGUUGAAGCUCACCAUGACGAAGAAGAGGCGUUCGUCAGCGACAUAGUGUUUCUUGACAACCCCAGCCACGAGCAUGUUGUCCAUCAAAAUAAGGACUACGCGAGGGUUGUGUUCCAUGAUGAAAUGUGACCUUCGCCCCGACAAAAGGACACUCAAUGUGGCAUUACUAACAUUAUGAUCCAGUUCCUCAGCUGAAUUACAAAUAAAUGUACAAAGA